AUGUCCUUCGAAAGGUGGCCCCGGCCUGGUGAAGAUGGCGUGAGUGACGCUUCGGAGGUGUCCCGAGAAGAUUUGCCACUACGACUGCUGGCAGAAUUUUCCUCUGCAUGGCCACAUGCGUGGCAUCCAGUGGUCCUGGAUGAGGACCGGCGGAGCUUUUCCUUCCAUUGGCCCAAGGCCAUCUCAGAAGAACGCUCCCAGAGCUACUUCGAGCGGUUGCUGGAGGUAGCGCCUUGGGUGGAACUACGGAAUACAAAGGGCACAAGUGUGACACGCAGUACCUGCUGGUACUGCACCGGUGGUUGCACCUGUGACUAUGCUUACGGACAGCAGACACGCGUCACGAAUGCAAGCACCCUUCAAGCAGCUCCAGAAGGAUCUCCACCACUCACAGCUCAGAGUCCAGGUACAGACUGCACAGAGGGUGAGUUUGUCCACGGCUCUGUCGAGGUUGAACCCUUGUCUGAAGAAUCUCUGAGCAGUUUCAGAGCUGUCAUGGAGGAAAUAUUGGAACACGUUUUCGGAGAUCUUUUCCCAGGCUUGAGCAAGGAUGCAUGGCCCAACAGCGCGAAUCUAAACCUGUACAGGGAUGGCCGCCAAGGAGUAGGUUGGCAUGCAGAUGAUGAGUUGCUUUUCAAGGGGAAGGACUCCGACUGCCCUGUCGUAAGCAUCUCGUUGGGUGCCACUCGCGAGUUUUGGGUUGCUUUGAAGGAUGGAGCAGCUCCUCUUCCCAACAGCAUCGUUGAAUUGGACCUUUGCAAUGGUGACUUGCUCACCAUGGAGGGCCGCUUGCAGCGACACUGCCUUCACCUGGUACCCAAAUGCAACCCUCGUGAACCGUUGAGGGAUGAACGGAUUAACAUCACCUUCAGAUGGGUUCGGGAACACCGCUUCCGUUGUCCUCUCCGUCGCAGGCCCCAAGCCUCGGAGAGCACUUUGUUGGCCAUCGCUGGUGAGGGAAAUUUGGAUGCUGCAGAGACUAGGCUGCUCCCGCUCCCUUUGCGGUUUCAUGGCUCCUAUGUCAGAUGCUGGAGCAUGGAGGUCUGUCCAGGGAUCUUGAACCCUUUGCAGCAGUUGCGGCUAUGUGACGGGUGCAAGCAUGUUUGCUAUGCAGAAGGGCGUCCUUGCUGCGAAGGACAAGGUGAUUGGGCUGGAUACUGGUUCUGCCGUCGGUCUCGAAGACACUCAACGUGGAGGUUGACAAACAAGACGAGAAGAUGCAGCCGGAAGACCCCGAUGAGGACGGAACCGAAGGGACCGCUGACAUGGUGGAUCAGAUGCUUCACAAGCACGAGAGACAGGCGACACCUUUUGGUGCCCGAUGCAUUUGGAGCCAGACCUCAGGUUCACCAGACAGCGAGUCGCAAAGGAGCGAGGUCUUACGAAGCUUCGAGUCGCAAGCCACCACAGCUGAGUCCCCAAUGUGAUGGACAGCUCAGUCAGCAUGCGCAGUAUGCCUGUUUUUUGAGUCAAAGGAGUGAACUGGGACGCUAUGAUGGCGCUUUAAUUUUGCCAAGCAACUAA